AUGAAACUGUUAUUUAGAAGUAAAUAUUUGUUGGUAGGAAUAGUUUUAGGAGUUAAUAUACUUUUCGCUUCAACACAACAUCAUGGACAUGCUCACGAUGACCAUCAUGGACAUUCACAUGAGCAUCCAGCUGCUAAAUAUGGAAAAGCAGUAAAUGAAGCAGCACAAAAAAUGGUUAAAGAAGACCAUUUACAUGAUGAUGAUCAUCAUGGACAUACUCAUGAACAUCAUGGUCACACCCAUGAACAUGGACAUGAAUGCAAUCAUGGACACUCUCAUGGUCAUUCUCAUGAUGAGGAAUCUUCUCAUGGUCAUUCACAUGGUGAGGAGUCUUCUCACGGGCAUUCACAUACAAAUGUUAAGCGUAGUACAACAACAAAAUAUCAAGAUUAUGCUAAAGAUAGUUACUUUUCUUUUCUUAAUGAUCCAGUUAGAAGAUUAUGGACAUAUUCUAUUGGUGCUACUCUUCUUAUUUCAGCAUUCCCAUGCUUUCUUCUAUUAACAAUUCCUUUACAAGCUAAUACUAUUGAAAAUGGACCACUUCUUAAAGUUUUACUUGCUUUUGGUUCUGGUGGUUUAUUAGGUGAUGCAUUCUUACAUUUGAUUCCACAUGCUCAACCAGCAGGAGAUCAUGGUCAUGGACAUAGUCAUUCUGAUUCAGAACAUGGUCAUUCACAUGAUAAUACAGUUGGAGGAUGGGUUCUUGGAGGUAUUAUUGCCUUUUUAAUUAUUGAAAAACUUGUCAGACUUAUAAGAGGAGAAGAUGGACAUGGACAUUCACAUGGUGGUGAAAAGAAAAAAGUUAAAUGUUCUGAUGAUGAAGAUGAUGAUAAGGUUGAAAAAAAUUCAAAAAAAAAAAAGAGUGUAAAAAAAGUUGAGGAUAAAUCAUGUUCAAAUAUUAAAGUAACAGCUUUUUUGAAUCUCGUUGCUGACUUUACUCAUAACUUUACCGAUGGUUUAGCUAUUGGAGCUUCUUUUAUUGCAGGUCCAUAUGUUGGUUUGGUAACAACAAUGACAGUUCUUGUUCAUGAAAUUCCUCAUGAAAUAGGAGAUUUUGCUAUUCUUAUUCAAUCAGGUUUUUCAAAAAAACGUGCAAUGUUUGUUCAAUUAAUCACAGCAUUAGGAGCUUUAUCAGGUUGUAUUAUAUCACUUCUCUCAACAGAUGCUCAUAGUUUAGCUGAAGAGGCUGUAUCAAGUUGGGUAUUACCAUUUACAGCUGGUGGUUUUAUCUAUAUAGCUACCGUUUCUGUCAUUCCUGAAUUAUUAGAUAGUAACAGUAGUGUAUGGCAAAGUAUGAAAGAAAUUAUUGCAAUUCUAGCAGGCAUAGGAAUGAUGUAUCUCAUUGCAUUAGAUGUUACAAAUGGAACUGCUUUCAUGUCUAAUAUUAUGAGACUUGAAUUUUUUUGGAAACCACAAAUUAUUGAUAAUAUACAUACAAUUAUAAAAAAUUCUGGGAAUGAUAUACAAUUAGAAGACAUUCUAAUAAAAAAUGUAAUUGUUAAAAUUCCUAGAAUUGACCAAGUUUCAGAUCAUUUUAAUGCUGUUUUUCAAAAUGAUGAACGUGUAAUGAUGAAUAUUGAAAAUCCUGAAGUAAGAGAACACAUGGAGAUAUGUAUUGAUAAUAAUACACAAAAAGAAAUAAAAUUUUAUAUAAACUUUUCAACUAAUUAUCCUGAAUUAAAAAUUCCUAAAUUUUAUGGUUACAAAGUGUGGGAUAAAAUUAAUAAAGAUGGUCUUCUAUUAAUAGAAGAUCUUGGAAGAGAUCCAAAAAUAAAUAGUGAUUCAAAUUAUAUUUACGGUUCGAUAAUACCAAUGGUUCCUGGUUACAAUGAAAAACAACUUUAUUCUAUAAUUAAAACAUUGGCUGAGAUUCAUGCUGUUUCUGCAAGCAUACCAAUAAGUGAAAAAAUGUAUGCAAUUGAAAACUUUAACUUGGAAGAAUAUUUGAGAUGGAUUAAAUCAAUGUAUAUACUUGCAGAAAUUGCUUUUAUUGAAAAAUUAAAAAAACCACAAUUUCAAGAAAGAAUUAAAAAAUCAGCUUCAUUUUAUUGUGAAAAAACAAUUAAAGAUGUUUAUUAUGGAGAUGAAAAAAAAAAUGGUUUCCAAGGAAUUUUUAUUCACAACGACUUAUGGGCAGCAAAUGUACUUUAUAUAAAAUCUCCAUUAGGUACAUUUGAUGAAGUCAAUGGUAUAAUUGAUUGGCAAACAAUAUAUCUUGGAAAUCCAAUGGCAGAUUUUGCAAGACUUCUUGCUUUCAAUACAACAUCAAAGUAUAGAAGAGAGAAUGAAGAAAAACUUUUAAAAUAUUAUCAAAAAAUUUUUAAUGAAAAUUUAAAGGACAAAUCUAAAGAAGUAUCAUUUGAAAACAUUAACACAGCUUAUUUUGAAAGCCUACCACUUGUGCUAAUAUUUUUUGCAUUCUCCACACCAAUGUAUUAUUUUAUGAAUUUUAUAGUUAAUGGAACAGAAGAACAAAUAGAUAGAAGAAGAGAGGAACUUAUUAAUAGAACAUUAGAUUUUUAUGAUGACGUUUUAAAAAAAUAUGGAAUGUAA